AUGAACGUUCCAAAGUUCCUCGUCUGCUUUGUACUAGCUUUGGGCAGCAGAUUGUCAGUGGCCUCGCGAUCCUUGCCAAGCGCCAGACGAAAGUUUCUUUCUAUAUCACCGUUGGCGAGUAAGAUCUCUCCUUCUCUGCAGCCGGCUGUCAAGUCGAUGAGUAUCUCUCAACGUUUGUUGGCGGGUGGUGUUAGCCGAGCGAUUGCUCAAAUGACGUUAUAUCCCAUCGAUGCCCUUCGCACUUUAGCGCAAACCCGAGACGGUCGGACCUUAGCGGACGUGGGAGCAUCAGCUUUAAUCCGAGGGUGCACCACCACUUCAUCUUUUGCCUUAUUCAUGGGUUCAAUUCAGUUCGCAGUGUUUGGCGUCUGUCGCAGUUACAAUAUCCCCACGAUUGCGUCAAGUGCUCUGGGCGCCGCCGCAUCGUGCGUCGUCAGCGUACCGCAAGACGUCAUCAAACAACGAUUGAUUACGGGGGUGUAUACUCAUUUUGGGGAAGCAGUCACCACAAUCUUCAAAACAGAAGGAAUCUCUGGCUUUUACAGCGCGUGGCGACCUACAAUGGCGAGAAACGUUCCUUUCGUCAUGACUACUUUUACUACUAUGGAGUUUCUGAAGCGCGAACGUUUGUCGAAGAAGGAAGGAUCUGCCGAGCUCACGUUGUUAGAAAACGUGGCAAUUGGUAUGUCUAGUGCUUUUGUUGCCGGCCUUUUGACUCAACCAUUUGACGUCAUUAAAACACGUAUGAUGACACAAGCUGCUUCCACAGCAGCUCCGUACAAGUCAGCCUUGGACUGUCUACGGACUAUCCUCGAAACCGAGGGACCACUUACUCUGUACUCAGGUCUGAAGCAGCGGAGUAUGUAUAUGUGUUUAUUGUGGGGCAUGACGUUUGCAUUGAACGGUCAGUUCGAAAGCCUCAUGCUACGGCGUCGCUCGUAA